AUGUCCGGUGUGUUCAUCGUCUACUUUGGAGACAGGCACUCCAAUAUGAUAUACAUUCUCCUUCACGAUGCUCGAAUCAAAAGGAUGCCUUUGUAUUUCGGGUUGCUGGGGAUAGGUGUGAACAUUGUAAUCAUAAUCUACGAAAGUAUGCUAUCGUGGAGCUUGAGAAGGAUUGAUGAGAAAUGGGAACUGUGGAGUAUCUCUGCUCUGCCUUUCAUUACCCUACUUGGCAUCAUUUCAUUUUGCCUACUCUCAUUUUCACUGUGGCCUAUAUGGGGCUUCUUGACUCUCCCUCUUCUGUUCACGUUGUUCAUGGCUUGCCUUGUUGUGUUCCCACAUCUGAUGAUCAUCAAAUUCAGGCCUCAGAACGACGAGCUUCGCAUAGAUUGA